UGUGGUCUCUGUAAAAACGUUAAACAAUCGAUCGCCUGAUUGAUAAUCGAGUGAAUUGUUCGAAGAUAAAAUUUUUAAAACGGAUCAUCGUAUCUUAUUUAUUCGGUCGUUGAAAAGUCAGGAUGAAGCUGUCGGUUCUUUCGUUCGCACUAUGCCUCGUAGGGGUGCUUUCAAUCCCCAAUCCUAAGGAACAUCGUCGCAUUUUUAACCCCGAUUUCGUUGCGGACAUUCCCGAUUCCGUCGACUGGAGGGAACAAGGAGCCGUCACUCCCAUCAAAAACCAAGCUCUUUGUGGGGCUUGGGUCUACAGUGUCACCGGUGUUCUCGAGGGCCAAAAUUUUUUAAAAAAUGGUGAACUCGUUCCGUUGAGCGAGCAAGAACUGGCCGAUUGCGCAACCCAAGAUGGUUGUAGUGGAGGAACCGUCGAGGAGGGCUACGAAUAUGUGAUAGCCCAUGGUCUGGCAUCCGCAGCGGAUUACCCAGGCCCCAGCGAUGGGACUUGCCAUCGAGGUUCCAUUCCUUCCACAGUCACAGAAAGUGACUACGUUACGGUAGAACACGACGAAGAGACUCUUCGGCAAGCCGUUGCCACGAUUGGUCCAAUUUCUGUGGCCGUUAACGCUCUACAGUGGGAGUUGUACGUCGGUGGGAUUUUGAAAUGUGAGGAUUCGGAGACUUUGAACCAUGGGGUGCUCCUGGUUGGGUAUGGUAGCGAAGAUGGGGUGGAUUAUUGGUUGCUGAAGAAUUCGUGGGGCGAAGCCUGGGGCGAAAAUGGCUACAUUAGGGUGGAUAGGACCCCUGGGGCCGAUUGCGGAAUAACUUUGGCAGCUACAUAUCCAGUUGUUUGAAAUUGAUUACUAUUAUUAAACCGCAUUGUUACAAUUUUA